UCCCGGGUCCUGACCGACCUUCACCGCCCGGGGCGGGGGGUGGGGAUAAAAGGGCCCCGCGGCGCCGCGCCGCGCUCCCGCCCCCCGCCCCUCCGCUGCGGCUGCGGCGGUGCCGGUACGGCGGGCAGCGGCGCGGCGGGGCCGGCGGAGAGGCCCGGCUCCGAUGCGACCUCUGAGCACCGGGGUGAGAGGCAGCCCCCGGCGGAGCCUGGCCGGCCGCCAUGCCCUGGAGCGUCCGGUGGGUCGGCGGCCGCGGCGCCCAGUCCCAGAAGCAGUGCAAGAAAUCCUCCUUCGCCUUCUACCAGGCGGUGAGGGACCUGCUGCCGGUCUGGUUCCUGGAGGACAUGCGGACCAUGGAGGUCUUCCACUGGGAGGACGGGGGCAAGGUGAGCGUGUACUCGCCCUCCGAGGCCCUGCUCUACGCACUGGUGCACGACCACCAGCCCUACGCCCGGCACCUGCUGACUAAGUUCCCCCAGAGCGCCCUGGCCGUACCCAGCCAAAGCUUCAGCUGCUGCCAGUCCUCGGCCCCACACCUGGCCAUGGCUGUCCGCUACAACCGCACCCGCAUCCUCUUCCGAAUCCUCAAGGCCAUCCAAGCCUUCCCGCCAAGCGACAGAGCCGGCCACCUGGACCGACAGGGCUGCAGCCGCGUGGAGGGUGGCAAGACAGCCUUGCAUGUGGCCUGUGAACUGGUGCGACCCGAGUGCUUGCUCCUGCUGCUCGGGCACGGCGCGUCGCCCUGCUUGCAGGACAGUGCUGGGAAUACCCCCCUCGACACCUUGCUGCAGCAGAUUUCCCUCGCGCCAGCAGCUAACAUGCGUGCCAAGCUCCUCUGCCUUGACUGCCUCUUCUUCUUCAUGCCUCGGGACCUCCAGUUCACAAUGAAACAGCAGCUGUUGGACAACCGGCAGCGCUGGCAGGACCUCCUGGGGGAGAACCGGUUCCAGUGCCUGCUGGGCUUAGCUCCCCCGUCACUGUUUGUCGGAGCCAUGCGUGUCUUGAUCAGGACCAUCUCACCUGAGCACUUCCCAGAGGCACUGGACAAUCUACCUCUGCCUCAUUUUCUAAAGCCUUUGGACUUGAAACUGGAGAGCUAGAGGGGUGGUAGGAGAGUCUCCUGCUCACCUGACAGACUGUUGCGCUAAAAAUGCAUCAGUAUACGAAGCUGCUAAUGCGGCAGCCAAGUAUCUGUUUUAAUUAGAAAGAACUUUAUUUUUUAAAAUAAUUGUAUCUGGCACCUUACAAUAUAUUUUAUUUAAAGAUCCUUGUGGUGAGGUGAGGUCUGCACUGCAUUUUUAUAAAAAGAUUCUAUGGCAUGUACAAAUGAGGGUAUGUGGGAGAAUAUAUUUGUAAAUACAUCCGAAUAAACCAGUGGCAGAUGUGAUCAAAAUACAAA